AUGCUAUACCUCCUCGCCCCUCUCGUCGCGCUCUACAGGUUCGUUCUUCAGCCGGUAGCACCAUUCGCUUGGUUUGGCUUGAGUUUUUCGCUGCUCGAUGUCGCCGCGGCGUUCCGGACCUGCGUCGCCCUGCGCCAGCUGAAGGAGCAGUUUCAUGCUAGACACAUAGCGAAGAAGCAGGCAACGAAGGAGGUGACUGUGCAGGAUGUCGAGAGCCGAUCGUUCGUGAGGGAUGUCACCGCGACCCUCAUGGUGGUGUACGGAGGGGAGGCCGUCACUGCUCCCGCCCUUGGCAUUCCCUGUUCGUUCAUGAUUUCCGGUGCGGGACCCGCAUUUUACGCCGGCAUCGACGCCAUCGUAAACAGAAUCCCUGCCAUCCACGCCCCAUCGCUCGAGACAGAGCUCCCCAUCUCGAUCCUGGAUGGUUUCACGCGUGCCAUGCUUUUGUGCGAGAUCGUCCCGCCCAUGAUCACGAAGCACGCCGUGCCCGCCGUCGCUAACUCUCCUUGGUCACUGCUUGUAACUUCCCUGGUCACAGCUAACGGCGGAUGGUUCUUCGUCAACAUGUUGUCCUUCCUGCAGCCUUACUCGCUGUCUCUCACUACGCCUCCCGAGUUCCUACCGUAUGGCUGGACUGCCACCGACCUCUGGUGUGCCCCGCUCGUUACGGGUCUAUACGCGCUCCUCACGCACGCGCAACCCUUCUGGGCGGACGCGCAUGCUGUUGCGAUGGGAUGGCUUGGCGCGGCAGCAACAGAGAGCGAGAAGGUACAGCCGGUGGACCCAGAGUAUGCCCGUGCGCUAUGCGCGGUCGUGCUCGCGGGCAUGUUCAUGACACGCACUAUCAAGACAUUUAGCGCCUCGACAGUGAAGCCGCUUGCUGGCCCGAAGACGAAGGUGCAGUAG